AGUGACGCUUGGCAAAGCAGGAAUACAUGUUGUUUCUGUCUAGAGUACAGGAGGACACACUUGAAGUUCACUAUGGCUGGCAGACAGGCAGUAAAAGCCUAUUUAGAUCUCAUGUCGCAGCCAUGCAGGGCUGUGCUGAUAUUUCUGAAAAACAACAAAAUCCCACAUACGGUGGAACACAUUGCGUUACGAAAAGGGCAGCAGAAUACACCUGAGUUCACCAAACUCAACCCCAUGAAGAAAGUGCCAGUGCUGGAGGACAAUGGAUUUGUUCUUACUGAGAGUGAUGCCAUAUUGAAGUAUCUGGCGACAGUCUAUAACGUCCCUGAUCACUGGUACCCCAAACUGCCAGAGAAGAGAGCGCGAGUGGAUGAAUACACAGCCUGGCAUCAUGCGAACACACGUUUACAUGCUUCCACAGUGUUCUUGCAUGAGGUUUUAUUUCCACUCAUGACGGGACAGCCAACAAAUCCUGCGAAGCUCGAAAAGGCGCUAUCAGACCUGGAUGGCACACUAGACAAGCUAGAAAACAUGUUUCUGAAGAGACAGGCCUUCCUGUGCGGUGAUGACAUCUCAUUGGCUGACUUGUUAGCAGUUUGUGAGCUCAUGCAGCCUCUGAGCAGCGGGAGGGACAUUCUGAAGAACAGACCCAAACUGCUGAGCUGGAGGAGUCGAGUCCAGUCAGCGCUCUCUGACUCCUUUGAUGAAGCUCACGCCGUUGUCUACCGUUUAAGAGACAAAUUCACAGCUAAACUAUGAAAAAUCAAGUCUCUCUAUUCACAGCAAUUAAUUCUAUACAGUUGAUAUAUUUCACAAAAUAUUCAUUCAGUAUGACUAACAUGGCAAGGUGUUUCUGCCAUUUACUUAAAUGGAUUAAGGAUGUAUCUGUCUAACAUGGAUAUGCAUUUUGAUCAAUAUAUGAUUUGAAGUGAGGCAUUAAUUAUCCACAAGUUUGGAUAUAACAAAUGGUAGCAUGGUUUGCUAAAUUAAUAAAUGGAAUGGUUUGUGAUGAUUUAAGUAAUACAUUUUUAUAAUAUAAGGAGAAGAAAAUGUAAAAACAUUUUAUUGUUGAUGAGGAAAUGGUACAAAUAUGUAUUUACAUUAUUUACAUUUAGUGAAAGUUUGUGAAUGAUGGUUUGUCUUCUCACUCUUGUGCCUUAUCUUUCUGUAAUGAAAAUGUCCAAUUAAAACUGUAUCAGUUAAUAAACUUUAAGUUGCAUAUCAUA